AGAACGGACAUUCACAAUUUCACAAAAGCCAAUGAAACUAAAAUCGAAACUAAUUAAAAUUUAAAUUAGAAUCGGUAUGAUUUCCUUGCAAUAACGAUAGUAUGUAAAAUAUAUGGAAAAACAUCGUAAGAUUUCUAAUCGAAAUGGUGAUUCAAAAGACUAGCACUAAUAUAGACGCUAACAAAAACAUAGCAGUUGAUAACACUGCAAGUGGUACAUGGAAUUUCCAAGCGCCAACAAAAAUAAUUAAUAUUCGUACAAACACAGCGGCGACAAUGCAAGCGAAACAGCCUAUUACUCGACAGAUAGCGAUAAGCACAUUGGCGGCUAUGCAUCGAAGAUUCAGUUUGCCAGGUCCUGUUCAGCCACACUCAAGGCCGAUUGCCGAAUUUCGCGCCAGUGCUAAUAAGUCUCUUGAUAUGUUGAGACAGACCAUACAAUCUGCAGUGACAAGGGAAAUUGAUCAAGUGAUUAAAAAAUAUUUGGAAAAAUUUUUCGUGCCUGCUGUAAACAACAUUAGAUUGAACUUAGGAGAUGAAUCAGUCAGUGAAGAUCAGGUUCGAGCUGUUUGUCGUGCUAUGUUGGAUGCAACUAGACUGUUAUACUCCACACCUUCUCGUACAACACAACCAGGUUACGAAACAACUGAUGAUAGCGCAGAUAAUAAACUGACAAAGCAAACACUGCAGAACCCACAAAGUAAAAGGAAGGACACAGAUAUUGAUAUAGACUUUAUAAGAGCAAAGAAAAUAAAACAAGAAGAGAUCAUUGAUGGUGCUUUAUCACCUCUGCCAUCACCAGCUAUCCGGGACCCAGAGAAGUGGAAUCCUGCAAGACUUACGCAAGAUACAUUGUUCAUCAUGGGAUCUCAUGCUCAUAAAGUGCUUGGUCUUGGCAAUUCUCGAGGACGUUUAUAUACGAGACAUGCAGGUUUGUUGAGAUAUCCAGCAGACAGCGUUGACAAAGAGUGGAUAGCCAAUCACAACUUGGUAAAUGCUGUUGGAGGCAAAACUUAUAUAAUGGUGUUGGAGGAUAUUGAAGAACUUGCUAGAAGUGACGCUUAUAAACAUAGCUCCCUACCCUUGCUAGGUGAAUUGACUGGAUUUAAAGUACCACCGUUUAUGUUACGAAAAAUAAAAGGAUACGUAUUAAGACGAUCUUUGAGUGGCGACCUCAACGCUGACAGCCCUCAGCCCUCCACAAGUGUUGUUCAAGAAGAGAAGUUCAAAAUAGAUGACAUCAAGUUGGAAGUGCAUGAUGAUUUUGAUUCUGCCAAUUUUAAUGCAAGUCAGUACAUGACAAAUUCUGAUAACUCAAGAGCCUUUGCAGAGGUGCCGAUGAUGAAAGAGGACACAGAUUUUGCUGAUAUUAAAGUAGAAGACAUAGAUGAUAUAAAAGUAGAUGGUAUAAAAAUGGAGGACUUAGAUGAAAUGAAAGUAGACGGGAUUAAAGUUGAAGAUUUAGAUGUUAAUGAUAUUAAAGUUGAAAAUAUUGAUGAUAUAAAUGUUGAUGCUAUUAAAGUUGAAGAUAUUAAGUUAGAAACUGAUGAUGCUUUUGAUCUUUGUAAACAAGCUGAUGAUGAACAAAGCAAUUUAGUAGAUGGACUUCUAGAAGCUGAUAUAGAAUUCCUAAGCCGAAAUUUAGGGAAUAUUGAAAGUGAUGCCGAUGCGAGGAAAACUAUCGAGAAAUUGACCGGAGCUAAUCCAGAUACGAUUACCUUAGUCGGCGAUGAAUUCGACUUGGGAACUACACUCAACACGCAUAACUUUACAGGUAAUCAAAGUACAAAAUGUAUAACCGUAGCUUCAACAACGAGUGGGAUGAUACACAGCGUGCCAGUAGCUCAUAUAGCUCCGCCUCGUAUUACUGGCAGCACUGUCCACUACUACACCAGUUCAGGUGUCCAACCGAGUGGCCAAAGAACUAUACACCAUCUACCCCAAGCCACUGUUACUAUACAAAGCAUUCCUGGAUCCAAUUCUCAUAUGAUUCGUGGAAUACCGAUAAAUGCAAAAUCUGGCACAAUAAGCACGGUAGUGUCCCAAGGAACGGGUAGUACGAUCAUCGGCUUCGGAACCCGAACGUCGAACGCGACGAUUAUAGGGACACCGCAGUAUGUGAACGUCUCAUCGAAAUCUUUCCCGACUGGUAAUAUUUUGCACAACGCCAUCGUUUCGAAGAACAUUAUAAAUCGCAACGUGGGAGCGUCUUCUCCGGGAGUGUCCUUCAACGUGACCACAGUAAGACCUUCACACACAACCACGCCAAAAAGCACAGUCGUUACAGCCACAUCAGCGGACUACGAUAACAUUUCCACCACGAAAGAUAUGAUCGAUAACGCUUGUAACUCAUCGCUUAUGUUGAAAAAGGUUUUGACUUUGGGUAGUGCGGCGGCAUCGAAGUCUUUCAUGAUGCACAAUACACAAAAGGUACUGUCGACUGGUUUCGCUAAUGGCGUCACCCCGCCUCCUAAUGUCACCAUUGUUAGUUCGGGGACUAGUGGGGGUAUAUUGAAUAAUCCCAACAUAGGCGGUUCGAGUAUGGGAAUUUCAUCUAACGGAAAUUUAAGCGCGACUCAUGCGACUUUAUCUGCUUUAUUGGCUUCAAACGCAGAAAAUGUAAAAGGUAAAAAUAAUUAACUACACAUUCCCGUUUAAGUUUUAUUACUUUGAUCUCGUUGAUAUUUUUUUGUUUUUUGUUACAAAUGAGCCGUUUUUUACACAACGGAAGGUUAUGUUUCAUUGGUUAAUUUAAAUUUAAAUAUGUUCAACUGUGAUCUUAUAAGAUCUUUCGAGUUUGUGAUAAAAAUUUCAAGUGAGUAAUUUUAUCUACCUCCUAAGUUACCUGAUGAAUAGUUAGUAGUGUGGAUGUUGUGCCAAAGUAUAUCAUUAUAUCGGUAUUAAAACAAUAUGUAUUUAAUGUUCUCCUCUCGUAGGUUUGAUCUUGUUUAAUAGUUAUGUGACAAAUAUAUAUUAACAUUUAAGAUAUACUGUAGUCGGAAAAGCUUCUGAACUUUAUAGAUAAGUAUUUAUUUAGCUUAUAUAGUCCUUUUCAUGUAGGAGUUUAUAAAGCAAUGAUUGAAUUGUAGUUUAAGUAAAAAUAUUAAUAAUAUUAUUAUUUUUUUUUGUAACUGUAGAAGGGAAGUUUGAACAACACUUAUUAAUAUGCCAGUAUGGUAAUUAAAAAAAACCGGUAUUAAAACAAUUCAAACCAGACAGAUAAAAUAGUAAUUAGAUUAUUUUAUGUCUGUUUACAGGUUAUACAAAAUCAAUAUUGGCCUUGAAAAAUAAGCAUUAUUUAUUUAAGAUAAUUUAAUUGAUACAUUCGGUAGGUUUUAAUUUGAGUUUACGAAACUUGUAGGCUAAUGACGUCACUGUAGGAAAACUUUAAAAAAAAUAUUUUGUGUAUUUAAGUGGAGUAAAUAAAAUACUUAAAUUUCGUAUUUGUGUAGCAUAUUUCGUUGUGGUAAAGGUUGUGAAUGCAAAAAGUUACUUACGAAGGACUAAAGAUUUUAAGUAAAACGGAAUUGAAUAUUUUCACGAUAUCAAUUAAUGAUUAUUUAUUUGCUUUUAAUGUAAUUAAAUGUUAAUUUACAUUUCGCGCUAUUCAGUAUUAAGUAUUCCAAAGGCUGUGUGUUAUGAUGUUAUUGCUUUAUUUUACGAGUAUAUUUAAAAAUAUAUUUUUGGAAAUAUUUUUCAUUAGCAAAAAUGCAUUUCAGUAUAAGACUACUUUUUUUAUUAAAUUUACGUUAUAUUUCUGAUAUAGUUAUUGGAUACCAGUGUCUGUGUAAACGAUAAAUGACAAAAUGUCUGUGAAAAGUAAAAAUAACAA